ACGCGCCGGCUGCAGGCUGCAUCCUCCCUCUCCAAGCAGCGCUCUUUCUGCACGGAGCUGCAUCUGCACUGACUGAACGCGACUGCAGUAGCUACACGGCAUGCAACGCGUGCACCAUCAUCAUCAUCACGGUGAUCGGCUGAUCGAUCCUCGUAUCGGAAAAUAAUCCAUAGCCGCAUGGUGACGUCACGCCGUUGAUCGGUAAUAGUGGCUGGGCGGGUAGGUGGGUAGGAGGCUGGGUGCCGCGCGGACGCCAGAGGUAGAUGGGUGCAUUAAAACCUCACACCGGAUAAGAGGAAGAACAAAUACAGAUAUUUAUUUUGCACGAGGAGUGUGUGCACACGCACGGGACUAGUUUGUUUUUGUUUAUUUGCGCGUCGGGCGCGUGGGGAAUGUAGUAGCUGUCACGGCCGCCUGCAGGAGGAGGAUGGAUGCGUAACAGGACGGAUCGAGCCAGCUGUGGCCUGCUUCUAACAGCAACAUCUGGCCGUCCUUCUGCAGGGUCAGAGAGGGCGCCUCAGCAGCCAGCCGGCUCUGGACUAUCGCGGGGAGGUGGAGGGGAUGGAGGUGGAGGGGGACGCAGAGGGGGAAGGGCCCAUGGGAGUCAGAGAGGGGCCGAGCGGUCAUGGACUCCUGCCGAACGCCAGCAGUAGCAUCACCACCACCACCACCACCACCAACAACCUCCUGGCUUCUGUCAAAGAGCAGGAGCUCCAGUUUGAGCGACUGACUCGGGAGCUGGAGGAGGAACGGCAGAUCGUGGCGAGCCAGCUGGAAAGGUGCAUGCUGGGAGCUGAUUCGCCAGCAGGAGACAGCAGCAGCUCAUCCGAGAAGUCGUUUGCAUGGAGAUCUGCAGAUGCUUUGGCAGGCGGAGAGUCUCACGGCGGAGUCAUGGAGGUGUCUGGGUGCCCUGGCCGUCACCUGGAGGCGGAGGAGGGACUCUACCUGCCUGAACCGGACCGUGCCUCCCUGCAUGACAGUGAGGGUUCAGGAGGUCACUCGGCCCAGAUGACCUCGUAUUCAGACAGCGGCUACCAGGACAGCAGUGUUAGUUAUUACAGCAACCAGAACGUGGUGCGUUCGGAGCCCAGAGCUUCAUUAUCAAGAAGCCCGAGAGCUGAGGGUCAAGCCUCUGGGCAGGUGUCUGGCCGGAUGUUACGCAGGAUGGCCUCCCUCCCCUCCAGGAGCCAGUCACCUGGUUGCGGCACUGCUGGCACUGUCUCACCCUCCCGUAUCUCCCUGCGAACAUCCCAAGGCAGCACCUACGACUCGCCCAUCCUCUCGGAGCCAAAACCUCUGGCUGCCGUGUUCCCCGGCACCAGCAUGCCGCCCUCCUGCCCUUCCCCAACCUCCCCAACCGACGGCACGCAGGCCCUGGGUGGUGGUGGUGGUGGAGGAGGAGGAGGAGGAGGAGGAGGAGGUGUGAUAGGAGGUGGCGGUGGUGGUCGUCUGGGUUCUACCCUCUCACUGGUGGAGGGGAGGGGUUUGACGGGGUCACCGCUGCGUUCUGGGAUGACGGCGGUGCCGCAGCAUUACGGCUCCACGCUGCCCAGGCAGAGCCAGCCGCUGGCCUACGGAGCUGAUCCGUACGGCCUGUACCAGAGGAGUGCACUGCCCCGCCCCGACAGCCUCAUAGGGCUUCACAGCUCAUACGCUGGUCACGCAGGGCAGAUAGAUCCAGAGCUGAGGGCGGCGUUGUCUCCAGACUGCCACAUGACGCCUGUUUUCGAUGAGCGCUCCUUCCACAGCCCCCUGUACCACAGCCCGACCCACGACCCCCAGAGCUCCCUCUACAGGACUAACACAGGUAUGGGGACCCUUCCUCGAGCCACAAGCCACUGCAGCACCCUGCCGUACCAAAGAAGCAGCUACGGGCUGAGCACUGCAGCUCUGUACGUCGACGCUUACAGGGUCUCCGGCGAGCCCGUCUUCUCUCACCGGCACUCUGGACUGGUGGACCGGGUUGCUACGCGCACCCCAUCCAUUGAGAGCAUCCAUAAGGACCCAAGGGAGUUUGCUUGGCGUGACCCCGAGCUGCCGGAGGUCAUCCACAUGCUGCAGCAUCACUUCCCCUCCGUCCAAGCCAACGCCGCUGCCUACCUGCAGCACCUGUGUUACGGAGACAACCGGGUCAAGGUGGAGGUGUGUCACCUGGGAGGGAUCCAGCACCUGGUGGACCAGCUGGAUCACAAGGUGGCCGAGGUUCAGAAGAGCGCCUGUGGGGCUCUGAGGAACCUGGUGUACGGGAAGGCCACCGACAACAACAAGGUGGCACUGAGGAACUGCGGCGGCGUGCCAGCUCUGCUGCGCCUCCUCAGGAAAACAACCGACAACGAAGUCCGCGAGCUAGUCACUGGCGUCCUGUGGAACCUCUCCUCCUGUGACGCAGUGAAGAUGACCAUCAUCCGCGACGCCCUGACCACGUUGACCAACACGGUCGUCAUCCCCCACUCGGGCUGGAGCAGUGUCUCGCAUCGUGACGAACACAAAGUCAAAUUCCAGUCGUCCCUGCUGCUGCGCAACACCACCGGCUGUCUGAGGAACCUGAGCUCAGCAGGGGAGGAGGCGAGGAGUCAGCUGAGAUGCUGCGAAGGUCUGGUGGACUCGCUGCUUCACGUCCUCAAAGCCUGCGUCAACACCUCCGACUACGACAGCAAGAUCGUGGAGAACAGCGUCUGCACCCUGAGGAACCUCUCGUACCGGCUUGAGGUGGAGAUGCCCUCCUCUCGUCUCCUUGGCAACCAGGAGCUGGAUACCCUACUGGGCUUCUCCUCCCCGGGCAAGGAGCUGGACUACCUCUGCUGGGGCAAGAGGAGGCGUGGAAGGAAGAGGGGCGGCUGGCCCGACGACAAGUGGGAUGGCGUUGGGCCGAUCCCAGGUUUCUCCCAGUCCCUGAGGGGAGCAGAGCUGCUGUGGCACCCGAUGGUGGUGAAGCCGUACCUCAACCUGCUGGCCGAGAGCUCCAAUCCCGCCACGCUGGAGGGCGCUGCCGGGUCUCUGCAAAACCUCUCCGCUGGAAACUGGAAGUUCUCAGCCUACAUCCGAGCAGCGGUGCGUAAAGAGAAAGGUCUGCCCAUUCUGGUGGAGCUGCUGAGGAUGGACAACGACCGGGUCGUCUGCUCCGUCGCCACUGCUCUCCGCAACAUGGCGCUGGAUAGUCGCAACAAGGAGCUGAUAGGAAAGUACGCCAUGCGGGACCUGGUGAACCGGCUGCCCGGCAGCAGUCCGUCUGUGCUGUCAGACGAUACGGUGGCAUCGGUCUGCUGCACGCUGCACGAGGUCACCAGCCGCAACAUGGAGAAUGCCAAAGCUUUAGCCGACAGCGGCGGCAUCGAGAAGCUGGUGGACAUCAGCAAAGGACGAGGGAAAGGGUACUCAAUGAAGGUUGUGAAGGCAGCAGCUCAGGUGUUGAACACACUGUGGCAGUACAGAGAGCUGAGGAGCCUCUACAAACAGGACGGCUGGAACUACACCCACUUCGUCACUCCCGUCUCCACACUGGAGCGAGACCGCUACCUUUCACAGCCGACCCUGCCCACCAGUCCGCUGCAGAUGUCCCCCGUCAUCCAAUCAGGUGGUAGUGCAACAUCCUCGCCCGCGAUGCUCGGGAUAAGAAGACACAGUACAAACUAUCAGAGGGCACAGUCAUCUAUGCAACUCGACACAUAUUAUGGAGACAACAGUUUACACAAACGGCAGUACACAGGGUCUGAGAAGAAAACUCCAUAUUUCAUCGGGACAUAUUCUUCCCAGUCAGGGGAGGAUUUGAGAAGGUCGCAGCACACAGAGCCAUUUUACGACGAACCCGACAGGAAGAACUACAACAGCUACAGAAUGUACCUGUCGUCCCCACAAGGCUACGGAGAGGAGCAAUACGAGGACGAACCGGUCCACCUGACCCCAUCCUCCCCUGAUGGCUACGCUAGUCAGUCGCUCCGAUUCAAAGCCAACACCAACUACGUGGACUUCUACUCCACCACACGGAGGCCUUCAAACAGGGCGAACAAGUUCACCGGCUCCCCCGACUCCUGGGUGUAAAAACAAAACGGACACCGUGCGUGUUGAUCUUCACCGUUUUGGCCGUCUGUUUUCCGUGGGUGUUUGUGUGUUGGGAGUACACGUGGGUGGGUGCGCUGUACGGUUGUGUGAAAGGUUAAGGAUGCAUGUGAAUGUGUGUGCAUCUGUGUUGAAACUGUACUGAAUGACCAGGGCUCGGUUUGCUUCAAGCAGUUUCUGACUAAGUUGUGCGUAAUAAUGCAGAUAAACAUGAACCAUUCCUUUAUUUUUGACCUUCCUUCAGCACUAAAGAAACAAUGUCUCGUUGUGGUAUGAACCAGUUUAAAGCUUAAAUUAUGAGCUAAGCUUUGCUGACCUUUGUAGACCAAACAAUAAAUUGAUUCAUUAAGAAAAUAAUCAUCAAAUCACUUAAUAAUGGUAAUAUUUUGUUGGACCUCUUGGUCAAGUUAGUAACUUUUGAGAAUAUUGGUGCUCUCCUUUUUGUACAGUUUCUCUGUAAAUAGCAAACAGUUGCUUUAAAGUACCAGUGUGUAGGAUUUAGUGACAUCUAGUGAUAUAGUUGCUGAUUGCAACCCCGUCACCUCACCCUCUUCGUCCUAGCAUGAAGGAGAAACUACGAUGACUGCAAAAAAAGGUGAAGACCUGCAGCAUCUGUUGAUAUAAAAGACUUAUUCUAAGGCAUCGAAAACAUAAAAAUUCUUAUUUUUAGGUGAUUAUACACCAAUGAAAACAUAACUAUGUGUAUUAUAUUCAAUUUCUGCCGUAUUCUGUAAACAGGGAGACAGAGCCAGCUAAAUCUUACACACUGGACUACUUUCAAGCUUCUGGGUAAGUUAAGCAGUUUUUGACCACUAAGGGGCUGAAAGACUCCGAACUUUAGAACCAUGACAUACUGUAAAUAAAUCAGUUUGACAAGUUUUUAUAGCUGAAAAAAUCUGACGACAGAGACUCUGUAAUGCAUCAUGUAGAAAGUGCAACAUGGGCAUCCCAUUGGAGUCAUCUUACAUGUCUAAUUAAGCUCGAUCCUGACUGAUUGAGAAAAUAAUUGGCUUUUUUAAAAUUUGUUUUCCACUUAUGUUUGUAAUCUUCCACUGAACAUCAAUUGUGUGGAACGAUGAAGAGACCCAGCCCCAUAUUCAUAUAUGUUUUUCCAUCUUUCAUAGGUGGUUUGAUUGGUGCUCUUUGAGGGGCAAACUGGCACCACUGACUGUUUAUCUCAAUACACCCAACUCCUAAUAUUCUCAUAGCAGCUGUGACUAUAAUUUCACAUUAAUUAGCAUUUUCUUUUGCUGAUUUUAUGGAAAUUUUGUUCAAAUUCGUGCUAAACUUGACUCAGUGGGUUGUUGUCUCGGACAGUAGAGUUGUAGAUCGCAGGCUCUGUUGCACGAUGGUUGUUCACACCUGGACUCAAGAGUCUAACAACUCACACCUGACACCCAUUAGACUAACGAACCCCAUGUGACCUUAACGACUCUUGGGGUGUGAACAACCCUCUUGAGUCUUUUCACUUCUUGGCACUUCUUGGUAAGAGGCUCAAACAUUUCAGUAUGAAAAGAUUAGAAAAAUAUAAAAAAUUCCAAUUUGGACAUAUUGAAUGAAACAUAGGCAACAUUUUCAACUUUAUCUGCAUUAUUCUGAAAACAAACGUAUCAUCUUUUCUGUCAAAGAUAGCUUAGUCAAAAGUUGCUUUUUGACAAAAACCCAGCCCUGACCUAGUUGUUUACCAGAGUGUUUAAGGUCAACUGAUUUCAUUUCCCUCUGCAGUAAAAGUGUGCAGUGUGUUGUUGGCUUUAUGAUAUAAAUAUUGUUCGCCAGCAUCAUCAUGAACGUGAGAGAAAAGGAUCUUAUUGAACCUGAGGAUCCUGGGACAAAUAUUAUUUAGCGGUAAAUAAAACAACCACGCUACUCUUAACAGGACAGAAGUGGCUUUAAAAAUUGUUGUCAAAUAUUAUUUGACCCAGGUUUGGAGAAGAGAAACUAACCGAUGAGCGUCGUCACUCCCGGGAACCUUUAAAGACUCAGAGAACCAGGGUUACAUCUGUAACCUUUUGCUUUUCUGUAUGUUGGCCAAAAGUGCAGUAUAUCAUAAAGUAUGUGAAAUAUGUGACAAAAACAUGUGAAAAUCUAUUUGUACAGAUACAAUGGUUUAACUGUCCUGUUACAUUGUUGUAUUCAAUAUGUAGAACUUUAUAUGUGAUUGUGUGAAGAAGAUUUUUCUAUUAUUUAUUGAUUAUUUUUAUUAAUUUACUUGUGACCUGACCAAAAUACCCCCAUCUGUCUGUUUUGUCCAAAACUGAUGAUCAUGAUAAUGUGCAAUGUUACAGAGGGAAAUAUAUGUAUAGGGAUUAAAUAUUAUAUCAUGACAACGUACCUGAAAGUCUUGUCUUAUUUCGACAAGCAAGUGACAAAAAUGAAAGUUAAAUAGAUAUAUCUUUAUUAGCUUUAAUUGCAUCAGUUGUAGGUAUAUUCAGAGACAUGAAGCCACAGCCAAAAGAAACAAAGGAACUAAAAGACAUUUUAGCAAACUUAAAAUGUACAUCAUGAAGAGGUGUAUACAAAUAUCCUCAGUUUGUCCUCCCUGAGCAUGCCUUUAACACAAGCUCUAGUCCAUGCAGUUACAUUUGCUUAUUGGUCAUGUACGGUGUGACUUCAGCCGAACCUGCUCACUCAAAAAAAACAACAAAAAAACAGCCACAAUCGAAUGAUUAAACGUCAAAUAAAGAGGCUCAGAGUUCUGAUAUUCUUUGGCAACAUCUGGGGCAAUGAAAACAACAAAUCGCGACGCUCUGUUGCCUAAAAAGUUGCCCUUUGUAUCAUCGCUCUCAGCAACCAAACUUAUCAUCUGACGUAAUAUUGUGCAA